CGCCACGAUGACCCUCAAGCUGCAAGGAACCUUCACGGCGCUCGUGACGCCCUUCACGGAAGACGGCAGCGCCGUGGACUACGCCAAGCUGCGCGAGCUCGUGGAGUGGCAGAUCCAGGAGGGCAUCAACGGCCUCGUGCCGAUGGGCACGACGGGCGAGUGCCCCACGGUCUCCCACGAGGAGCACGACCGUAUCAUCGCCGAGGUGGUGGCCACGGCCAACGGCCGCGUGCCGAUCAUCGCCGGCACGGGCUCCAACAGCACGGCCGAGGCUCUGCGCCUGACGCGUGCCGCCAAGGAGGCUGGCGCCGACGCCUGCCUCGUGGUGUGCCCGUACUACAACAAGCCCACCCAGAAGGGUCUGUACGCCCACUUCAAGGCCGUGGCCGAGGUGGGUCUGCCCGUGGUGGUGUACAACAUCCCCGGCCGGACCAACGUCAACCUGUCGCCGCAGACCAUCGCUGAGCUGAACAAGCUGCCCAACAUCGUGGCCAUUAAGGAGUCCACGGGCUCGCUCGACCAGGCCAUGGAGAUCGCCGCCCUGUGCGACAUCACCAUCCUGUCCGGUGACGACAACCUGACGCUGCCGCUCAUGGCCAUGGGCGCUACCGGUGUCAUCAGUGUGCUCUCCAACGCCUCCCCCAAGAAGGUGCUGGCCGUCACGGACCCGAUGCUCAAGGGCGAUUACGCUGCCGCUCGCAAGGCUGCCCUGGAGAACAUCUUCCUGGUCAAGUCGCUCUUCAGCGAGGCCAACCCGCAGCCCAUCAAGAAGGUGCUGCAGCUCAUGGGCAAGUGCACGGCUGCUGUGCGCGCCCCGCUUGUGGAGUGCGAGCCCUCGACCGUCGAGAACCUCACCAAGCUGGCCAAGGAGCACAACCUUAUCUAAGCAACUGUAAAGCAUGCAGAGGCUACAGGUAAUCUAAAGGCGUGCAAGCCAGCUCCUCAUAUUCAUCAUCUUGUCCCCAAAUACAUCCACGACUUCAUGCGUU